CAGAUGGACAGACGGAUGGACGCCUGGUACGGACUCGGUGGCCAGAAGCUUGGCUGUGAGCCGGUUCUCCUUGACGGCUGCCAGCAGCCAGCGCUGGCAGAAGAGAGCGCAGCUUCCACCGCUCAGCGUCGCCCGCUGGCACUAUGGAGCUUUUCGGGAGCUUCGCCCGGCCCCGUGGCGAGACCUUGGGGUUCCCAGCGGCUCGUCCCAGCAACACCGGCACGGUGAAGACCUUGGGCAACACCUAUCAGUUCACGGUGGACGUCAGUGACUUCGCCCCCGAGGACAUCAUCGUCACCACCUCCAACAACCAGAUCGAGGUGCACGCCGAGAAGCUGGCCGCGGAUGGCACUGUCAUGAACACCUUCACCCACAAAUGCCAGCUGCCCGAAGACGUGGACCCCACAUCGGUGUCGUCCUCGCUGGGGGACGACGGCACGUUGACCAUCCGAGCUCAGCGACAGCCCGCCAAGCACACCGACCACGUCCAGCAAACCUUCCGGACUGAGAUCAAGAUCUGAGGGGUCGGGGGGUCCCUUUCCCCCGCUCCCCGUGAAUUAUUCGGUUGAUUUGGGAAGAAGGUGGGACAUGGGGUAGGGAACGGCAACGCUCCCCCGCGGGAUCAGACCCGUGCCAAAGGGCUGGUGUGGAGAGAGGCAUCCUGUCGCCCACCGGAGAAAUUCCAGAGGGGAGUCCUGGCUCCGGUGGUUUUUAGCCGGCGAGGGUUGAUGGGGAAGAUUCGGCAUGCCAAGAGCCCUGCUGGGAGAGAGGAGUGAGGUUCCCUUCCCCGACCCUCUGCCAGAGCUUGUCUCUGUAUAUACAGCUUGUGAUAAAUUAUUGAGAACGCCUGA